CUACAAUAUCUCAGUCGUUCAGGUGCUUUCGUCUCGACUACAACUGAAAAAAAAGAAAACAAAAAGAAAAAGGAAAACGGAAAGAAAGGUGGCACUCCUUAUGGCAAUGUCUGGCAAUUGGGUUGAAUGUCCCUUUAAUAGGUUUCACCGAAUUUUGCCGACACGGCUAGUACUUCAUUUGAAUCGGUGUGCUCGCAAUUAUUCGGGACUCAAGAUGGUGCGAUGUCCUUUUGAUAUUACUCAUGUCGUGAGAAUCGCGGAAAUGGAGGCCCAUGUUCCUAUGUGUCCAAGCCGGAAAAUGGAAGAAUUGGGGGUCGAUCAAUGCCACGCGCACCAGAUCCUUCCAAAAAGGAAACGUCUGACACACCAUGGGAUGACGAGCCUGAUGUUCCUACCUAUAAUCCAGCACUUUAUUGCGCCGUAA